AUGGGUGGGAAGAAAAUUGGUCAUGUCACUUUUGGCGAUGAUACAGAUGAAGACCCUAAAAAAGUUAGAGACAAAAAGAAAUUUAAAAGCGCCAGUGAUGUGAGACAUGACAAUGGAACUAUAACACCAGGGGGCACCACUCCUGGGACACAUGCACCCCGUCGUAAAAAAUUACUGAACAGUUUUCGUAAGAAACGUGAAAAGUGGUUCCGAGGAACAAAAAACAGUAAAGAAAACGAUGUACAAUCAGAAAGACUUUCGGCAAGUCAGCCAAAUAUUUCUAAUUAUCAAGAGGAAAUUGAAAAUUUUUACGAAUCAGCCACGGCCGGAAUAUUACGAAACGCUCCGGAACGAAGCUUAAGUGACCCGACCUUGACCCCACAGUUGUCUACCAAAAGCAAUAAUUUAAUCAACAGCCAAUCAGGAAGUCAGGAUCAGAAUGAUGAAGUGGAUUCUGGGAUUGCUGUGAUCGAACAAUCACCAUCCGUAAGUUAUGUUUUAUUCUUUUUGAUUAAUUAUUCAUAA